CACUCACUAAAAAUGAUGCCUGUCACUUUAAGAGAGUUCAAAGUUGAAAGUGGCACGUGGUCACACAACAUGGUGGCGCCCUGCGUGUUUCAGUAAAAGACUGUGGUUUGAAUUAAAUCUAAAGAAGAAGAGCGAUGGCAGACGGUGGUGACAAACCUCUGGUUGAGACCCUUCCUCCCAAGGUUCCUCCCAAGGAGGGGGGCGGUCCCGACGAGCCCGUCCGGGUGUGCGACAACGACGGCGUGAUGUCCGAUGACAGAGCCGAAGGGACGGCCGAGGCUGCGUCCGACUCGGGCGCGUACGGCUACAUCAAAGAAGACCUGUUCACGUCGGAGAUUUACAAAGUGGAGAUCAGGAACCUGCCCAAGUUCAUCGGCUUCAACGACCUGAAGAAGUUCCUGGCCAAACACGGCCUCAGCUCGCACAAGGUCAAACUGUUUGACAAGCACAAGUUUGCGUUUGUCACCUUCAAGAACGAGGAGGAGCGCGACAAGGCAAUGAAGAUGGUGCACGGCAUGCAGUGGAAGGGCCAGGUCCUGAGCGUCCGGUUGGCCAAACCUAAGGCAGACCCCAUCCUGGGGAGGAGGAGGAAAAAGGGGGAGGACAGAGGCUCGGGGGGGCAGCCC